AUGGAAGCAACCUUUGAGAAAAGGAAGUAUUGGGAAAUUGCGAAGCCCUUGGUAGAUGAACUAUGCAGCCAAUGGGCCAGUGAUCGUGAGAGGACAACAUGCGCAGUAGAGGUAUUGCUGGCAUAUCUGCGCAAUAUGUAUCAAGAACUUCUUCCCAACAUGGCUCUUUUUCCAGAGGCUGCCAAUCCACUGCACUAUGUCGAGGCCAUUGAGAACCAUCUCAGCGGGUCCAUCACUGCUGAUCUCAAUGGAACGUCUGCCACACUACGUGUGGGUAUCAAACGGAAAAGGGAGCUGCACAAAAAUUCAUUACUGUCUGCUAAACUGUAUCUAGUCUAA